GGAGCGCAGAGCGUUCAUCAGCGGCUCAGUGCAGUCGAGCAGAGAUGGAGGGAGAGCUGACCGGCUGCGAGCUCGUGUAAACCGGACAGAGGGAGCAGCAGACGCCGGCAGUGAGCAUGUUCUACCCGGGGAACGAGUGAAGAUCCUCCCUGCAGCCCCAGGACCGUCUCGGAGGAACCAUGGAUCCAGUCCUGCAUUGAGCCUCUCCUCGGUGGGUUGGCAUGGCCCAGUGAUGAACGGAGCGGUGGUGCCUGGUAGCCCGGAGCUCUCCUCCUCGUGCCCACUGCCUGACUGGCGAGAGUUCUGUGAGCUCCAUGCUCGAGCCUCUGCUGCCGACUUCGCCGACAAGUUCCAGCGCUUUCUGUCGGAGAACCCGUGCUAUGACUCGCCCGGCGCCGAUGCCAGCUUCUCACAGCACUUUGCCCACCACUUCCUGGAGUGCUUCUCUGCAGCGCUGACCCAGGCCCGGGAGAACCAGGCGUCCUCACCGGGGGAGGACGGCUCCAACGCGGCGCCCAAGUACAGCAUCGUUCCAUUCCUGGGAAUCCAGGGUUGCCCACUGUCCUACGGUCACGACCUCUACCAGAGACGCAAGGACGCCGGGGCUUCAAGCGAAUCCCUGGACAGCAUGGACAGCGGAGGGGGAGGGAUAGAUGGGGGAGGCAGUGGCACCACGGCCUCCCGAGGCCCCCAGACGACCCACAAGGUGUCGGCUCUGGGACAGUCCCGCAGCUCCGAGGACGUGUCGGUCAGCCACCCGAAGGCUCGCUUCAAGAAGGGCUUCUCUCUGAGGAACAUGAGCCUGUGUGUGGUGGACGGGGUGAAGGAGAUGUGGCACAGGCGGGCCUCCCCUGAACCUGACGCUCCCUCUGGGGCCAGGAAGGCCAACGGGGGAGGAGGAGGCGGGGGAGGGGAGGUAGCAGGGGGAGAGAAGUGGUCCCAAAAGCUCCGGCUUCCCAGGGGGUCCCAGGGCCACAAGGCCGAGCUGCUGGAGAUCCAGAGGGAGGGAGCGCUGAGGUACAUGGUGGCCGACGACACGAACUGUAUGGGGGCCGCUCAGUGGCAGAAAUGUCGUCUGCUGCUGAGGAAGACGAAGAGGGAUGAAGGAGGGGAAAGGUUCCUGCUGGAAUUCUACGUACCACCCAAGUCCUCAAAGCCCAAAGUGAGCAUCCCUCUGUCAGCCAUCGUGGAGGUGAGGACCACCAUGCCGUUGGAGAUGCCUGACAAGGACAACACCUUUGUUCUCAAGGUGGAAAACGGGGGAGAAUACAUCCUGGAAACCAUCGACUCCCUGCAGAAAAACUCGUGGGUUGCUGACAUCCAGGACUGCAUAGACCCUGGUGACAGUGGCGAUGACAUCGAGCUGGCGUCAUGUCCUCAUGGUCAGGCCUCCAAAGACUGCUCCAUGGUGGCCUCCUGCAGCUGUGAGCUGCUUUCUGAGGGAGUGUAUCGUGCUCCAGAGAGGUCAUGUCCUACAGCAGCAGAGCAUUACAGCGCCCCCUCAGUCCGAUGCAGGGAACCUCCUUUCACCCAGCACCCGUCCCACAUGCCUUUAGAGCGCUUCCUCCAGUCCCCAGAAGCCCAGGGCUCCAGCUCCUCUGCAGGUGGUGGUGAAGGAGCAAAAGACUCAGAUGGAGAUGCCAGUUUGGUGGGUUACCCAUGGUUCCACGGUACGUUGUCUCGUGUGCGGGCGGCUCAGCUGGUGCUUGCAGGCGGAGCCAGGAGUCACGGACUCUUUGUGAUUCGUCAAAGCGAGACGCGUCCGGGCGAGUACGUCCUCACCUUCAACUUCCAGGGCAAAGCCAAGCAUUUGCGGUUGUCAGUCAAUGAGAGCGGCCAGUGCCACGUCCACCACUUGUGGUUUCACACCGUAUCGGACAUGCUGAGACACUUCCACGCCCAUCCGAUCCCCCUUGAAUCUGGAGGCUCGGCCGACAUCACACUACGCUCCUAUGUACAGGUGCAGCGAAGCUCCACCACAGAUGUGGCUGCACCUCCAGUCCUCACUCCAUCCAGGGAUGCCGGCUGCCGGACAGACUCGGCUCCGCCAGCGCUUCACCCUCCUGGAAUCACAACGCCUGCAGGGCCUCCCUCUGAUGCCCCACUUUCCUCAAGCACCUCCUCCUCACCCACCGCCCUGCCCUCCCUCUCCCGCAGUGACCCAGGUACCGGAGGGGGGGUGGGAGGAGGGUUACAGAGCCGGAGCAACAGCUCUGAACGCCUUCUGGAGGCCUCUAGUGGUGCAUCUGAGGACUACCACGAUGCUGAUGGGACUCGCAGGGCCAGAGCUGUGGAGAACCAGUACUCUUUCUACUAAACCACAUCAGGCAGGGUUCAGUCAUAUAUCUGCUGACUGGAUGAGAUUCAGAAAGUUGGAGGUGACAUGUGGCGCUCUGCUGAUGGUGAAAAUGGUCCAGAUCACUGGGUCACCCAUCACUUUGUUUGUUUUUAUUUCCUGUUCCUCAGAUUUGAGAACAGCGGUGAGAUGAGUGGCAUGUCCAUGCUGAUAAAUCCCUCAGCCUCCACGGUUUUGUUACAGACUCAGUUGUCAAACAUGUGCGUAAACAGCGAUGCACGUGGCUACAAGUAGAAAGUGAGAGGAUAAAAUGUAGAGAAUGCAGCAUUGAACAUGAGUGUAGGAGGAGGAAGCACGAGGAAGUGAUCCAGUGGAGUCAUGUGGCUUUGAUUCACCUCUUUUGACCACUUCCCAUUCAUCCUUACCCACAGUUCCCUGGGAGCAGAGCCUGUGUCACCACCCUGCUGGACGACUGAGAGGUUGAAAUGACCCUGAACAAAACAGUCCCUCCCUUCUGAGCUCCUCCGAGCUCCCGAGAGCCUCCCGUUAAUGUUUGUAAAGCUGCUUUGAGUCUGUCCCGGAUAUCCUCACUGUCCCUGUGGGUUUUUCCCCUACAAAGUCCUGCUCUGGGUCUUUGCUCUGCACUAACAUCAGUGCAGCAAUCAUGGGUGUGUUAGUGUUAGCUCGGAGAUGUUUUUCUUAAACAUGUACAGCCUAAGGGUCUUAGUGCCUGACAAUUACCAUGGACUUGAACGGACUGUUGUCCAUAGCAACAAGGAGGAUGACGCUGUCAUCUCACAUCAUCACAACAACCCAGAAAUGAAAUGCAGGAGAUUAAUUUGCUGUCAGUUUCUGCUUAAAACAUUUUGAACAUGCAUAUCUCCGCACACUCAAAUGGUUCUCUUCUCAUAGUUUUAUUGAUGACUGCAACACACACACACACACACACACACACACACACACACACACACACACACACACACACACACACACACACACACACACACACACACAGGUGGUCAUAUGUUGUGUUAUAAAUCAGUUUAAAACUGUUGAAAUGGAAGAAAAAACUAUCCAGGUUCAGUCUGUAUGAACGGGACAGGGUGGCUCCUAUUUUGAUGUCCUACUGGGUUAUUUCUAUGAGUGUGUGGUGGUGUAUUAGAGUCCAGAUAUUUUUCAAUGAUCGGUGUGCUACAGUAGUGUUUCUAAAACAUGGUUUUCGGGGUCCCUCCAUCUGGUGAUGGUUCUGUAUUCAAACUCAUCAUAUGGAUAAACUGUAGAUUAGAGAUGCUGUUAAUAUAGAUCACUUUAAAAUAAUGCCUUGAAGAUAUUAUUAUACCAAAUCCAGCAUUUAUCGGAGGGACUUGGGACAUGUUUUUGUUUUUGAAUGCUGGCAGUAUUGUGUACUGUUUGAGCAGCCUGCAGGUGAACUUGUGGGUGGAACGGUACAGUUAGUAAAAUAAAGGGUACUAGAUGGCCAUGCUUGGAUGGAAUGAGGUGACAUUGCUGCUUUACUUUAUGUGGACACAGUGCUGAAGGUGUUUAUAUUUUUAACGACAAUGUAAUUUUCCAUCCACAAAAUAUGUUUUACUGCAUGUCUUUAUGCCUAAAUAUCUGUUAAACAUCCUAAAAAAGGAAAAAUACAACAUUGUGGGAAACAUGCUGAUUGGCUUCCCUCCUAAGAGUUUGCAGCUCAGCAUAUCUCUCAUGUCUGUAAUGUGUGAAGCAGCAGGCAGCUAACUUAACUUAGCACAAAGACUAGAAACGGAGAAACAGCGAGUCUGGUUCUGCCAAAACAGUAAAAAAAAUCCAAAAGUAUCACUUUAAUUUGGAAUUGCAGACUGUUGUUUCUUGGUUGGAACCAGUUGCCAUGCAACAGCAGGAGACUAGCUGAAAACAUGUUUAAAACAUGUUUAAAAUUCAGGUUUUUGACUGGAUUAAAUAGAUCAAAGUCCAAUCAAGUUUAUGUGUAUAGCACAUUUUAAAACAAUCUGAGAUACUAUGAGACAGACAACUUCGAAGAUCAAAUUCUAAAAUAAAAUAAAUGUAAAAUACUAAAUUAGUAGGACCACGAAGAGCAUCCAAAAGCCACGGACAACAUUCAUGUGUUGAGCGUUUUCUUGAAAAUGUCAAUGGAGGAGAAACAUUUGAUUGAGAGAGGAGAACUGUUCUAAAGCUUUGGAGCUGCUACUUCAAAGAUCUACUUUAACACACCAACUACAAACAUGGAACUGUUAAAAUCAGCUGUUCUGAGGAUCUUAGAGGCUUUGAUGUAAUAUAGGGGCAGAGAAGUUCUAAAUGCACGUACUUAGAUGCCAACAUGCAUGGCUUUAAUAAACCAGUGGAAGAAAAUCAGUUCUGUAUCGAACAGGGAUGUCAGUACCAGACUUUCCAUUGUUUUUGGUCCCACUAAGGAGUCUUGCAGCAGCUGCAGAUGAAACAGUGAGGACCAGUCGAUACUGAGCUACAGUGAGUUACAGUAAUCCAGCCUUGAGGAGAUUAAUGCAGUGGCCACAGACUUCAGAUGGAUUUCAAUUUGGCAAAGGUCCUCAGUUGAACGUAGCACCCUUUAACCAAGGAGUCUGUCAAAUUUCAGUGCUGAGUCAAAGAUGACACCAGUAUUCCCGGCAUUGGCAUGAAGGUUUGCUGCCAGUGGCCCUAAGAAGCUGUUUAUUCUCGUCUGUGUCGGAGUUAUCAAACACAAUCACUUCUGUCCUGAUGUCCCUCAGCUGAGGACAGUUUAGACAAGACUGGGUGUGUUAACUAACUAGUGAGCCAUAAAGAUGCUUGUUUCAGAGCCAGACUAUCCUUGUUCUAGUGCUUUAGGCUAAAUUAUACAGUUGCUAAUGGUGCAUUCACUGUCAUCAGUCUUCUUAUCAUCUUGCAGCAGGGCAGGGAAUAAAUGCACUUUCCAGCAAUUUUUGUUCUUAAGUAUCUUAGACGCCUCACAACAUGAAGGCAGAAGCAUUUAAAAAUAUUGCAAACAGGCAAACAAGCAGCUACAUGUAAUAUCUGAAGCGCAUGCAACACUUUUGUUCAGUUGGAAUAAACAUAUCAAGAGUCACCGCCGGUCUUUUCAAGCAUGGCCAUUUAGCUUCAGAGGUGAUUUGAGUCCAGGAGCGGACAGAGCAGUUCAUGUGCCAAUUUGAAUCCUAUUUUUGAGACAUAUUUAUUCCUCAGCCUGUAAAUUACAUUUUUUUCCCAGUGAGUCUUAUUUAUGUACAACUGAUUGAUUCUUCUUGAUGAAACAUCCACAGUGAAAACUGUCUCUUGCAAGAAACCCAUCUCACAUAUCACAGAUUACUCAUGUCUCCCUUUUAUUUUCUUAACACUUUAAAGCUGAAUUUUCUGUUGUCUGACUGAGUUUUGAAGAGUCUGUGCAAUUUUGUACAAAGUGAUGUACUUGACAUACUACUUUAUAUUUCUGUGAAUAAAAUGUGAACAAACUGUU